AUGUGUAGACCGAUGAAUAAGGAAAAGAUAUUGGAUUGCGCAUUUAUGGAAGGCGAAAGUAUGGGUGUGGUAUUGCAGAGCGGAAAGGCGCUUAAGCUCUAUUUUAACCCGUGUAAAUCAACUAAAUUGAAGGUCCUCUUUUAUCAUUAUCUUUAA